CAACCUUCCAAAAUCCUACUUCAGCCUUACCAGCUUUCAAGAACUCCGAACCAUACAGCCUCACAGCUUCAGAGCAAUAUCCAAAACACAAUAAAAAACAACAAAGACUCAUUCCUUAAAAGAAUAUUAACCAUGGCCUCCAUCUCUCUCAAGCUCACUGUUGCCCUCGUCUUGGCCGCUGCCUCGGUCCAGGCCGUUCCUAUCCGCGAUGCCUGCUACCAAGUUGCCGACUCUGGCAAUGUUGAUGUCAGCUCUAGCACCAAUAUCAAGCCCAUCACAGAUGUCACGCCUAUCACCCGCUACCAGCCUAUUGUCAAGGCUUUUGCCCCUCUGGUUGAUUCGGAAUGCGAUUACUAUGACAAAGGCUUAUAUGGUGGCUAUGACUAUGACAACUACCCAUAUAGUCGCUAUGGUCGCGGUUACUGUGGUCGCGGUUACUAUGGACGCACUUACUCUCCUCUUGAUCCCUUGAAUGCUCGUCGCUUUGUAAAACGCCAGGAUCCUAACCAGACUACUAUCGGAGCCACUGCUGGAGCCCCUACUGGAAACGUUCCUGAGUCUGGAACUGCUCCUGAAUCAGAAGCCGCUACUUGUCCCUCGUCUGGCAGCUUGCUCUUUAAGCAGUUCCAAGCACCUGCAGAUUGCCAGGCCAGCAUCCCUGCUCAGAAUGUCGACAUGGGUUCGCAAGUGUUGAUUCAACCAACGAACAAGGUCCUCCCUUCGACCACAUACCAAAGCCACGUCCAGUCACUGGAUUCCAACAUUGCUGCUGCUCCUGCUCAAUCCAGCUCCCUGCCUCAACAAAACGUGGACCUGGGCUCCAAUGUCUUUAUUCAGCCUACGACCCAAGUGUUGCCCAAGACAUCAUAUCAGCCCGAGGUUAACCAGCUCACCACGCAGAUUGAUGCAGCUCCUCAACAGGAUCAGUCUUUGCCUCAAUCGAGCGUCCUCUUGGGCUCACAGGUUCAUAUCUCACCCAACGUCCAUGUUAAACCUUUGACGACCUUCCAGCCCACGAUCGAAUCUCUGCCUUUCAUCAUCCAUGCGGCUCCCUGCAUUGAUCAAUCAGGCUUCUCUCCUAUGCCACCCUUCGGAUCCGCUGCCUCGGAAGGAUCUUUUUCUAUGAGUGGAGCCCAGGAUGCUCGCGGAGGUGCUUUUGCUGGUCAAAAUUUUGGCUCUACCUUCUCUUCCUCAUCAUUGCAUCGUAACAGGAUGCCCAUGGGUGUUACCCCCGGUCAGUUUGAAUCGUCUGGCGCGAUGACUACUGGUGGUCAAGCUGGCGCCAUGACUGGCAGCACUGCUGGUUGUGCUUAAACACGAAAACAACAAAGCAGAUAAUGAAACGAGAGGCUGUUACUUUUCAACGAAGCUGCAAAAUAUGGAGAAGCAGUAGGCUCCUGCAUAGCAUUCAUAGGCUCUACCACAACUGGAAAUGAAUAAAAAAAAAAAAAAGAAAAAGAAUUGAAGAAACUGCCAUAGAUGCACAGGGGGAUAGAGAUGAGAAAUAUACUACUGACACGUUAAAAAAAAUAGUUCUGCAUGAUGCAAUAUCAGAGUUACAUAAGCAUUUAAUCGGGUAUUUUACAUUAGUGACAUUGAAACACACAACCUUCAAACAUGUCGAGUAGUCAAGUUUAGAACGUGUUCAAAGGCGAUCGCCAUCUUCUUGGGCUG